AUGUCACAUCUUCUCACAUUUUUGAUUACAAUAAUCCACUGUGUGUUGUUCCAUGAUGAUGUAGCAACCUCAUUCUUCCCAAGUGGCCAAGAACUUACAAUCCCUUGGACCCUAGCCGCCUCAGAUGUAGAAACCAGUGGUCCCACAUCAAUACCCAGCUGGUUUUGGGAACCAGAUGCAACAUAUGCCCCACAAUAUGAAAUUUGUCUCAACACUACUGAAAGGGAGCUUCGUGAUGCACUGGAGCAAAGAAAAAAUCCUGAUGGCUUCCAAAACCAUAAUUCUUUUGAUGAUUGUACCCCUCCUAGCUAUUUAUCCAACUUCAACAUACAACUACAAGGGGACUCACAGCAACAUUCACAUAUUGCACAACCAUUCAACACUCUACAAAGAUCAAUCAGCUCACUUGGAAUUAGCAGUGAUAUAGAAAGGGAGAACAAGAGGAGAGCCAAGGCUGGACAUAAUAUCCUUGAAAAGGAUGUAAAUCAAAAGGCUAGUGAUAAAGAAUUCCCACACAUUGAGCAGGCAUUCAAAAAGAAGCACAAGAGCAGCUGUGAUUUAUCACAAGAAUGA